AUGCAGGUCACUGUAUACUGUGUGCUUAGGGACCUUUCUGAGGUCACUUUCUCCCUCCAGCUCAGCUCAGAUUUCCAACUGCAUGACCUGAGGCUGCUCUGUGAGCUGGAGUCGGGCAUUCCUGCAGCAGAGACACAGCUCUUCUUCCAGGAGAGGCCCCUGAAGGAUGAGCAUGGAAGCUUGGGCUCCUGUGGCAUCAAGGAUGGAGACGUCCUGGUGCUGCUACAGAAGGAGAGUCCAAGUCCACGGCCUUCGGGACGCGUGGCCAGUCUAUCCCGCCUGGACCUGGGUGGGGUGGCAGUGCCCAGCACAUCUAGUGCCAGACAGCAGCCACCCCAGCGCCCAUCCCAGCACCAGCGCCAACAAUCGGUUCCCAGUGCCUUCUCCCUGGGUUCUGGAGAAAAGAUGGGGUUGGCACAGGGUAUGGACAACCCUGCCCUAAUCCGGAGCCUGCUGCUGUCCAGUCCUCAUGACCUGUCCCUCCUGAAGGAGCGCAACCCCACUUUGGCCGAUGCUCUGCUCAGUGGGAAUCUAGAGGCCUUUACUAGAGUGUUGAGGGACCAGCAGCAAGAGAGGGCCUGGAGAGAGCAAGAGAGACAGCGUCUCUAUUCAGCAGACCCCUUCGACCUGGAGGCCCAGGCCCGGAUAGAAGAGGAGAUCCGGCAGCAGAACAUCGAGGAGAACAUGACUAUGGCCAUGGAAGAGGCACCUGAGAGCUUUGGGCAGGUGGCCAUGCUCUACAUCAACUGCAAGGUCAACGGGCAUGCCCUCAAGGCCUUCGUGGACUCAGGUGCCCAGAUGACCAUCAUGAACCAGGCCUGCGCUGAGCGCUGCAACAUCAUGAGGUUGGUGGACACCCGGUGGGCUGGCAUUGCCAAGGGUGUGGGCACUCAGAGGAUCUUGGGGAGGGUACAUCUGGCCCAGAUCCAGAUUGAAGGGGACUUCCUGCAGUGCUCCUUCUCCAUCCUGGUGGAGCAGCCCAUGGACAUGCUUCUGGGGCUAGACAUGCUCAGGAGGCAUCAGUGCUCCGUUGACCUGAAGAACAACGUGCUAGUGAUUGGCACCACCGGCACUCAGACACGCUUCUUGUCCGAGGGAGAGCUGCCAGCCUGUGCCCGGCUGGUAACUGAGCUUGGGCAAGAAGAAACAACAGACAGGGAACAAGCCAACGCUCUUAAACACUCCAUGAAGGAUCCGGGGCGCAAAAGGCAUUGA